AAUUUGGAUCGCCACAUGUUGCACUUUAAAAGAAAAACUGCAGAAAUCAUACGAAUGCUUGAGGCGGAAGCCUCAUGCAAGUCAUAUGAACAGCUAGAGGGGGGAGCAAACGAGAAAAGAGAGAGAAGUGCUAGUGGGACUCAGGACAACACGGGAGACAUGCUGUGUGUGAGUGCUGUCAGGGCGCGGUGCUGCAGUUGCUGCUCUGAGGGAAGAGGCUCCCAGCACAGCCGACGCAUUCAGCACAUGGAAGCAGCAUCUAGAGAAGAGCUGAGGGAUGUAACCAGAGCAGCCCUUCCUGUGCCCUCACUGCAGCCACAGCAAUUCCACACUUUUCAGAGUCAAAGAUGCAAGAUGUGGAGGCCUUGGACUUACACUGAUCCUUUCCAAGAACAGGAUGUUGUGGAGAGGUUUAAAUGGCAGAGGCAAGGCAUUCCGUUUGGAGCUGCCACAUCCUACAUACAUCUGGAGAAGCUGUGUGAAGGGUCCUCUGCAACUGUUUACAAGGGGAUCAGCAGGAUCAACGGUCAAUUGGUGGCACUGAAAGUUAUCAGACUGGAGACAGAGGAGGGAGUGCCCUUUACAGCCAUUCGGGAAGCUUCUCUUCUCAGGCAUUUGAAACAUGCCAACAUUGUGCUGCUCCAUGACAUUAUCCAGACCAAGGAGAUCCUAACAUUUGUCCUUGAGUACAUGCACACAGAUCUGGCACAGUACAUGGCCCAGCAUCCUGGAGGACUUCAUCCUUGCAACAUUAUGCUGUUCAUGUUCCAGCUUUUGCGAGGCCUGGCAUACAUCCACCAGCAACAUAUUCUUCACCGUGAUCUGAAACCCCAGAACUUGCUCAUCAGCUGUCUUGGUGAGCUCAAAUUAGCUGACUUUGGCCUUGCUCGUGCCAAGUCCAUCCCCAGUCAGACAUACUCCUCUGAAGUGGUGACGCUCUGGUACUGUCCUCCUGAUGUUUUGCUUGGAGCUACAGAUUAUUCUUCUGAUCUAGAUAUCUGGAGUGCGGGCUGUGUCUUUGUUGAAAUGAUCCAGGGCCAGCCAAUGUUUGCAGGAACUUCUAGUGCUCCUGAACAGCUGGAGAAGAUCUGGAUGGUAUUGGGGAUCCCAACUGAAGACACCUGGCCAGGAAUAUCCAGCCUCCCCACGUAUAAGCCAGCACUCGUUGCUUCCAGGAGACCUCAGAGACUGCGAGUGAUCUGUGACAGGCUGAGCAGGGCACCAGCAGCAGAGGACUUGGCCUCCAGAAUGCUCACAGUCUUCCCUCCAGGGCGAAUCUCUGCACAAGAUGCCCUUCUUCAUGGCUUCUUCAGCCCUCUGCCUCCUCAGCUCUAUCAAGUGCCUGCUGGACAAUCAGUGCUUACAGUUCCAGCAGUGAGACUACAACCUGAAAUCUGUGACCUGUUUGUUUCUUAUCAUAAAGGACGUCUCUCAAAAGGUUCAAGCAAGUUUUGGUAGAAAGCAGAAAUGACUGACUAAUUCUUGGGUAAGCAUGUGGUUGCCGCUGUCAAAGCUGCUGCCAUCAUCCUUUAGCAUAUGAAUUCCUUUAUGCACUGAAGGUGGAAAAACAGAACCAAUACCCACUGCUGGAGCACCACAUCCCAGGCUGAGGACAAAGUGGAAAGUCUUCUCACAUUCAGAGAGAAUAGGUCAGCAAGCCAGUGGCCCCCAGUGCACAGUGGUAUCGUGGGAGGUCUGGGUUUGUUUUGUCAUAUUCCCGAAUCUCAGACCAGUGCCCUUUCCUCUGAUGCCUCCCCAGUCAAAAUAUGGUUUCAUUUCCACAUUGCUUAAACUGACCAAAUUGCUUUGUUUGCCUUUGUCUAUGUCUAUUGACUUCACAUUUUAUAGCUUACUUGUUAUGAUUUAACACACAAUGGAAUUUGCUCACUGAAGUACCAGAAAUGACAAAGAGCUCUACCCAGGGGGGAGAAGAGCAGUGUCGUAAUGGAUGUUAUGGCAAUGUGUAUUCUUCCAUUGGAGUGAUGAAGCCAUAGCUCCACCUUUCUUGGGUUCAUCCUGUGUCAUAACACCCUGCCACAGUGAGCCUCUGAUCAGCAAACUGGAGUUUGUUGUUGGAGUCUUUUUUCCCUCAGGACUCCAUACAAUGUUGUGGCUUGAAGCAGACAUUCAAUCACAUCAGUAUUUCUGAUGUGAUUUGGUUACUCUGCCACACGUCAUACUUUGAUUUCAUCUAUAUUACUGUAUCAGCAUGAUGUUGGACUAAUGUCACUAAAUUGAUCCGCCUAAUUUUCUGAUAAAUUUGCUUCUUAUGCAUGUGCCAGAACCUGAGCAGAGCUAGGAAAAAUCCCUCAGGUUUGUAACGUUAAUGGUUUUAACUGAUCUGUAUUUUAGCAUGAGUCACUUUAAAACAUCCACGUCCAACCUGCUAGUUUUAUGUUUU